AUGCCAGGUCUAUUCAAGAUUAUGCAGGUACGUGAGAGAUUGACUGCCCUGAUUGGAUGAAAUGUAGCUACACCUGAAUUAAUGUUGGGUUACAUUUUUAUCCAUCAUUUUGGAUUGGCCUUAUUCAAAUGGUAAUUUCUAAAUGUAGUUAUGUUCGUUUUUAUUAAUUUAUUUCAAUCCUUUGCAGACUCUACUUUUACUUGGUAUUUUUAUUGCUAAAUUGACUUGGGCAUCAGAGGCACACAAGCAUAAGGGAUGCUUCAGUGCAGAAGAACUGGAGGAUGGAGCUCUUAAGAUCUUGCGCCGAAACCGGUACCUGACAGACGGUCAUAUUGAUGAAACACAGUAUCACAAACGGGGUACGAAGAAGACCUGCCCUGCUGUGCUUCAUUCACAGUCAGUAGACUACAACAACCGUUCAGUCUCCCCCUGGCGGUACAGGUAAGGCAUCUCUUUCUACUCCAAGUAAAUACUUUCUGGAUAGGUCUAACAGUUUUAUAGCCUCGUACGAACCAUCCUGAUCUCGCGAGCUCACAUUCUGUUUCGCGACACAGAAUGUGAGCAAAGAACGUGAGCUCCGAGAUCAGGAUGGUUCGUACGCGAGGCUACAAUUAUACCCAUGCAGCCGUAAUAUUCUCAGUCGGACAAUAACAUAAUUUGUGUCAAUGUGCAUGCCAUAUGGCUAGGAAAUACAUUUUUGAAUAGCAUUAUUAAUUGAUUAAUUGGCUAUUUGGAUAAUUGGAAUGUCACUUUUCUCACAGUAUCGAUAUCAUGGAGGGACGAUUCCCUGAGAAGAUUGUUGUUGCUGAAUGUCUAUGCAAGGGAUGUAUCAUCGUCAAAGGGCCCGGACAUCACAGCGCCGAAUACGAAGAUUAUGGAUAUAACUCUGUGCCGAUAGUGCAAUCCCAGAUGGUUUUGAUAAAGACCGUAUGCCCGAACAACCCAGAAAAAUACUCAUUCACAUCAGACUUUGUCAAAGUGCCCAUUGCCUGCACUUGCGUUAAGGCCAGGACAUAUUAA